AUGGACGAUGGGACUUCAAAAUGUCUUUUGGACGUAAUAAGGUCAGGAAAUUAUUAGAAACUGUUUUUGGUAGGCUGCUGCGGAGAAUGAGCUGACAAAGUAUCAUGUUUUCUUCUCUGUUAGCUUAAAUGUAGUCAUUAAAGACUCCAAAAAUAAAGAAAGUGAAAUGGUUUUAAUUAAGGGUAACCUAAUUGACUUGAUAUCAUAUUUACUUUUCUACACAGUGACCCGAAUGCAUUGCAGGAAUUUCUCCGCAGUAAUAGUCAGGUGCGUAUUUGUCUUCGAUUAUUUUUCAAUUUCUGACAUGUGUACAUCACAAGAUAUGACUGAUCAAACUACCUCUCUGAGAAGAUGUCCUCUUUGGAGGUUGUAGGUUAUCAAAUUGUACUGUGCACCUGGAUUUAACUAUACCACUCUGCUUCACAUCUUAGCAUGUUAAUAGUCAAUACAAACUUUCUUUGUCACAAAAGUAUAAAUGUAUAAAGGCUUUUGGUGAGCAGUGAGGACCACAGGCUCUUAGGGUAUUGAAUCUCAAAUAAUCGACAAACAGCAGCAACAUUACUAGCUGAUGACCUACAUGCCUGUUUUAAGAAACAGAUAGUAAAUAUAUAUAUAUUCAGUAAAUUUUACUGAAGUUUAGUUUUCAGAAUUUAGGGUCUGUAUACUGCGAGGUGAGCCAGCCUGGUUAGCAGCUAUGCCUUGUUUCCUUAUAAAAUUAUUGUUGCAUUUAUAUAAGGAGGCGGGCAGAUCUUGCUUUGAGCAACUAUAACCUCGGCAAGCAGGCCAGCUACCUUAUAUAAACAGGCCCCAGUUGAAAACUGCCCCAACAUGAUAUCACAGAGCACAGCAAAAGUGAUCUCUGAUUGCAUGGAGUUUGUGACAUGACCCAUCAAGGGACCUGUUAGGCUUGAUUUUGGCCGCUCUCUCACUCCUCCCCGAGAAGAGAUGGGUGGACUCAUGGGUGGCCUAUCAUGUCUGUGAUGUAAAUUCAAAAUUUAACUUAUGCGUCAUUAUGAAACACCUGAAACGGAAAAUGUCAUCAGGCACUGAACACCUGCUUUCAUUUUUGCCUCUUUAUUGCCUUGGUGUUCACCAAUAAGCUUACCAGCAACACCUACUGAUUUAAGGUAUUUUUCUUGAGUUAAGUUUGGGGUGAAAUAAAACUGUUUGGGUAAAAUUACAGCAGAAAUGGAUGUGAAAGUUGUCUCUAUCACAAUGGCUGUCAACAACCAUCGAUACAGACUGAAAAAAUUGACAAUCCAGAUCUGGCUGGCUGAAUUGCAAAAACAUUCUGACCAUUUUAUAACCAGCCUCUCUGUACAGUCUCUAGUUAGCACUUUAUGUUGUAAAUAUUUUAGUUUUUUAAGCUCAAAACACACCAAAACUCCACUGCACGCCACAUUAAAGAAUGCCUUCAUGUUGGCCAUUUGAAAUCUGCUCCAGGAAAGAUAAUUCAUGCGGCCUGCUUGAUUUGAGCAGGCAAUGAUCUGAUUAAUGGAAAUUGACUAUAGCAAACCCACCUGUUGAGCUGUCUAUUUGAGGAAAGAGCGCAGGCUCAUUUUCCGAACAGCGGCUGGUAUUUAAACGUAGGGUUUUGUCAAAUUGAAUACCGGUAGUUUGUAAGCAUAAUGUUGCAAACUAGUGAAUUUGCCUAUGUCACUCCAGUCUCGCACAAACAAGAUUAUCACAGUUAUAAGAAGAUGAAGAAGAUUAAAGAGAUCAUAUACGUGCCAACUUUUUCUGCAUCUAAUACAAGAUGUUUCGUCUUAUCAUUCCCGGGAUUUCCAACUUCCAAAGUUUUUUGUCGAUUUAAAGGUUGCUGAAAAUGUCUGAAGAUAUUCUAACCACCUUUGAGUAUGUCAGAAGUGAUUUAAAAGGCAACUAUUGUGGUGUGUUGUGGUAGAGUUAGGAUACAAAGUCAACAUUAAGUGCAUUAUUGGAAUAUUUUCGGGAAAUUGAAUUGAAUUUUCAUUAUUAUUCCUGAGUUAAAGAAAAAAUUGCCUGUUUUUGUGAGUGAGUCAGGCGUGAUAAAUUAUUCUUGAUGCAUGAGGUCAAUGCCUUGAGUCCACAGGCGUGAGACUCACCCAAAAUGCAUAAGAGUUGGUAGGUAUAAGAUCUUGGUGUAUAGAAGUGAGCAUAGGGAUUGAUGAUUUCUUCCAUUUUUAUCUUGAACAAUCUGGUUUUUACUAGAUUUUUGGUAGACCCUGUAGUCAGAUAUGCUAUGAUUCUGUUGAGCUUAUGACGAUGGUUAUGACGUUGAUUUUGUCUUUUGGUCAUAAGCACUUUACGGCUCUGCUUAUUUACCUGUCAACUCUCAAGCAUUGUAUGCUUUAUGGUUUCCUAGUAGUUUACUACUUAUUACAACUGUUUAAGUUUGACGGCAAGAUUUGACUAUGAGCUUUUAUAGCCAUUGAAGCAAUUUUGCUUUAAAAGGCACAAAAGUUUGCUUACAAUUUUUACAACUUAAAGUCAUUAAAACACCACCCUAAAGAAUUGAUUUCACUGGUGAUAGAGUCUGAGUCAUAAGAGUCAACUGCUUGAGAUUUUUGUCUUAUCAUGACCUGGAUUUCAAAAAUUGUCCCAGCAACUUUUGAAGAUUUCCGGCUAUUUUAUGUAACUGAAAAUGUCUGAAGAUGGUCUAGUGAGCUAUUUAAAAGGCAGCAAUUUUAGCAUGUUGUGAUAAAUUUGGGACUCAAAGUCAAUAUUUAGCACCAUUUUGGAAUAUUUUAGGGGAAAUUAAAUUAAAUUUUUAUAAUUAAUGAUUUGUUAAGAACCAUUUCAUCUGGAAUUGUGAGUCAGGUGUGAGAGAUUGUUGGUGAUGUGUGAGAUCGAUGUCCUUGGUCCGCAGGCUUGAGACUCACGCAUUUUGUUAUUUUGUUAAUAAAGAUAUGACUUUUUGCACUUCUACAGUCAACUCUCUCUAAGACGGACACCUUUGGGACUGGCACUAAGUGUCCAUCUUAGAGAGGUGUCCGUCUUAUAGAGAGUCAAAUAAAAGGAGUAAAGAAAGGCAGGGACCUACUCUAAGUGUCUGUCUUAUAGAGGUGUCUGUUAAGAGAGAGUCGACUGUACAUUCAUUUGAAACACACAUCCAGUUAUAAAUGUCUGAAAUUAUAUAAUCAGAAGGAGUCUUACAGGGGAUUUGUUGUAGAUAUAAUUUUGUGUUCUGCUCCUGCUCUUUAUUCUUUAAAUAAUGUUUUAGCUGCAAAUCCUGUAUUUCUAAUUCCUUUACAGUGAAAAUUGUUUUAUACAGACCUCACGUCAAGCUGACACCCUUUAUGCAGCAAACAUGAUCUCAGGAAGUCUGAGACAUUUUUUCUUGCCUUAUUUUUUGAAUAAAAAAGCCUCUGUUCAACACCACCUCUUUUGAGUGCUAAAUAGGAAGGGUCCUUUGGGUUUCCCUCCUCUGCCAAACCCAGAAACUGGUUGUACCUGAAAUAUGUCAGGAAUGUUUAUUGUGUUGAGACCAAUCUUAACAAUGAUUGGGCCAUGCAAAAAAGCCACUAAACUGCGAACUAAUUUCUGUUGUUUCCUGUGGUUUAGUCGUCUCACACGUAAUUGGCUACUUCCUUACAACACCGUAGCAUUCCAAAAAUAUUUUUGGUGUUCCUGGUAUUUCAAAAUUCAUAAUUAAAUAAAGAAUUCAGUGUAUUACUUUUUGUGACUUUUGAUUGCAUCUUCUAAGAGUGUCUUUUUGAAUUCUAAUCUUUGUUAUUCUUUUAUUGAUAGGAUAAUGGAUCACUCUCAAAGAAUUCUACAUCAGAUGCUGUUUCAAUGCCAGGUUUUGGAAAUCACUUGUUAAACACAAGUAGCAUUGUGGGUGCAUUGCCUGCAAAUGCAAGAACGUUUCCUGUAGGUUCCUCAGCAUCAGUGAAUAAUAUUCAGCCGUCAACUGCUGCUCAAAAUACAUUUGUGAGUGCUGUAGUUCACAGUAAUAGUGUUGCAAGGACAAGUGGUAGCACCCCCGAAAGUUGUACUGUUGGUGUUGUUCCUUCGUCUGUUCCUUUGUCUAGUGGAGGAAAUUUUUUGAAACCUCAUUCUGUAGAAAAUACAGGAACCAAAGUUGGGAGUGCUGUGCUAGGAAUGUCUGUUGCACCUGGCAGUAUAGCAGUUUCAAAGCCUGUGGUUUCUUCUACUGCACCUCUAUUUCAAGGGAAGAAACCCAUUCCCAUUCAGCCUAAAACUCCAAAUGCGUCUUCAGCUGUAACAGGAUCAACUAUAGGGUCACCAGGAAACCGUGGAAGACAGGUUUUAAAUUCUGGAGUUCCACUUGUAGCACAAAAACAGUCCGUUACUGGACAACAGAGUGUUUCUCCUCUUGGGCAGCAUGUGGCAUUAAAUGGAAUUGAUUCUAAAGGAAAUAUGAAAACUAAUGCUGUUGGUGGAAAUUUCCAUAGCAUAAAAUCAUUGUCUCCAAAUACCUCACAACAAAUUCUUUCAUCAACCACUCCUGUUAAAAGGAUUGCUCCGAAACAGCCAAACAUUUUGCCUCAACAAACUGGUUUGUCGCCUUCGCAUAUGGUUGGUACAAAGCAGAAGAUAGUUCUCCAACAAGUGUCGAAUCAGAAUACCCCACAAGUACGAGCAAUAAUCAACCAAGUGCCCCCAGGAACUGUCCAAAAACAAAACCACUCACAGCUAAUUCAAGCACAACAGCUUUUAAAUUUAAUUAGAGGCCAGACUCCAACCACUCAUGCUACUCAGCUUAUUCAGUCGCAGUCUUUGCCAGCCAAUCAAAUUAAGCAAAUUCAGCAGUUAGUUCAGCAGAAACUUUCUAACCAGCAACAACAACCACAGAUUGCACAAACUGUUCAGCAAAAGGUGUUGACUCCGGCACAACUUCAGGCUGCUCUAAAACAAAACCAAGUAGUCACUACACAAACUGUACAAGCUCCCCAACCACAGAAUAUUGUAGUCCAGGAGGAAGUUAUUAAACAGCUGCUUCAGCAAGUGUCACAACAAAAAUCUGCACAGAAUCUUGUCCAACAGCAACCUCAAUUGUUUCAGCAUGUUCAACAGUCUGGUCAAAAACAGAUUUUGGUUCAGAAUGUUCCGACACAAUCUACUGCCCAAGGACAGCAAAACACACAGUUAAAAGUUAAUGUCAGCCCACAAGUAAGGCAUUCGAAUCUGCAGCAGAGGACAGAAGUAACUGCUGCAUCACCUGUUAAUGUACAGUUACAGCAAGUAUUGAAUACUCAGCCGAAGCAAGUAGGGCAAGUUCUUGGACAGCAGCAGGGUAACUUGUUAACCCAUCAAAACCUUGUGAUUACAAAGGACCAGGGUGGGCGUCUGCUCCAAGGAGUGACCUUUGUACAAAAUCAGCCUAACAAAGUUUCUACAGCACAAGUGUUAAAUCACGGGGUUGUUAUCCAGCAAGCCAAGCCCGUACUUCAACAGGCCAAACCUGGUGCGACUCCCAUGAUCCAAAUAGCAGCUACAACACAACCCAACACUGUUUCCCAAACAAAGGCACAGCCAGCACAGAAUACAGGAGUUCAGAAGGUGUUUAUUAUAAAACAGCCGGAGCUUUUGCAGAAGUUGGGAUUGCAGGGAACAAAGUCACACCAAACUAUUCAAAUUACUCCUCAACAACUCCAGGCAUUGAAACAAUUUCAAUUACAACAGCAAGCUGCGAAGCAGAAACUUGCCUCGAACAAUCUUCAAACAGGUAGCAAUAUUCAGCCGAAAGGACUGACACCUGAACAGUUGAAACAACUACAAUUGCAGCAGCAGCUUCAAGGAUCAGUGGUGAAACAAGUAGUUGUGCAAAAUCAGCAACAUUCUUUACAAUCGCAAAGACAAGCUAGCUUGAAGACACAGGGUAAAAUGCAACAUAUUCCUAGAAUUCUUCAAACAUCAGGUCGACAACCUGUCUCACAGGUAAGAUGGUGUUUACACCAUGACCGUUUUUGUAAUUAGGCCCUUUUUCAGAUGCCUAACUUUUUGUGAGCUUAACCUCGUAUGUUUUGUUAAGUACAUGAAAAGUUCAUCGACUUAAUCAAUGACGAAUGCCUAUUUCAAUUUGGAAUGGCACAGUCGUACUGGCUGGGAAGUUCAACAUUGGAGCAAGUUUGGAACAACUUUGAUUUACAUGCUGAGCUUUUCAUGUGCUCAACCUUAUGCAUAAAUUAAGUAUUUUGCAAGCAGUUUAAUUCAGAGAGCAUUUCUCUCUUUUUGUGUUUAGUUUGGCUAGAAUUAAGAUCAUCAUCCGAAUCAAUUGAGCCAGUCAAAAUAAUUUUUGUUGGCCUUAAUUUGAAUUAGGUUUGCCUCAUGCAAAAUUAGGAGUCUGAAAUGGGCUUGAGACGCACUAGAACUGUUUAUUACAAUGUAUAAUCAGUAGGCAGGGAACUGAGUGGUGAACCUGCCAGAAGCUUUGGAGGCUAGAGGGAAGUUUAAAAUUCCGAUGCCAGUAAUGCCAUAUUCAUGUAUUUCAGAGGUGUUUUCAAUUUUCAGUUUUACUUUUCCCAUGAUUACUGGUAUUUCCUUUUCAGUCUAGACUUCUCUGGCGCUCUUUUGGUCUGAUAUUACUUUGAAAGUAGCUGUGGGUAAUGCUGUUAGUAGUCGAGGGGUGAUCCCUGGUGCCUGGACCUUAGUGACGGCCCUGCACAAGCCCCUCUUCCACAUUAGCCCAGCUGGGAUUAAAAGCAAGAGUUGUAAUUAAUUUUGUAACGCUACAGCUCGCAAAGGCCUGUACACUUUCUUUACAUGGAUUCUUAAUUGAAAAAUGGGCCAGUUUUAUCUUUAUUGGAACCUACCUGGUCGUUGUCAGUUAUUUAUUUGCUUAUUGUUAAUUUCUUAGAGUGUGAAGAUUUCAGUUCCAAUCAAACAGGAGACAAGUAAAGGAGUGAAGCGUCCACACUCAUCAGAUGCUCCAGAACAACCAAAAGCUGCCACUAGGUUAGUUUCAUUUUGCUAUCUUUGGCAAAGAAGAAAAAGAAGAGAAAGUCAAAAAAGGGUGAUAUUCAGCAAGCAACAACAAGGGCUCUGCAUGUGUGUCACACUUUUUGGUACAUUUCUUUGUGGCCAUGGCAUAAGUACAAUUUGAAACUUCUAAAAUUUUUUCAUGUGAAAUUUUAUUGAGAAUUUGAAUAUGGCAUUCUUCUACAAGUGAUUAAAAGAGAAAUACAGGUAAUUCCUGGACAAUAUUGUAUUCCCAUUUUUAUCAGUUGCAGUUUUAUCACUUGCAACUAAACUUUCGUUAAUAUAAUAAACUCACAGAAUUAAGAGUUACAUGAAUUUGAAAAGGUUGACAUUGAGUCAUCAUGACAUCAUUCAAUAUUACUAUCUGCUGUUGCACUGACCGCAAGGAACAAAAACUGGAUUAUGUGGUGAGUGUGAAAACUGAUACCCUAAAAUGUGCGUUGUGCCUUAGGUCCAUUCAGGGUGAGAGAAAUUAAUUUCUUUCCUCUUUCGCAAACUCAGCCAGCAAGAAAAACAUUCACUAUUGCUGUAUUUUAUGCUCAGUUGUUUUCCUAAAACCUCUGUUGGCGUAACUACUAUAAAAUUUGAAAGAAAGCAAGGUUAUAAGUGAAGUUUAUGCUCUGUCACUGUUUUUUUUCCAUUAAGCUCCCUAUUGUUACUAGAGUCAUUAAUGACCUUUAGAUUUAACUACAAGUAUGACUGGAAUUUUGAGCUGACUGUAACCCCAGAAUGAUAACUCUUUCCUGUUACUGACUAGCACAUAAGUAAAUAUCUGAACAUUGAGGAAAGGAUUAGUGUGAUAUUUGAUAAUAUUUUAUAAGGUACUUGAAUUUUGAGGGUUUUUGUGGCUACUACUUGUAGUAGUAGUAGGUGCUAUGCUGGCACUUUGUAUGAGUGAGUGUACUGGUAAGUAAUCCUAACCUUUGGAAAGUGCUCGGGCUUUUGACGAAACUGCUGACACCGAUGCUUGUUGUUAUUGUUGACUUUCAUGGAGAGUGAAUAGAAAAUGUCCUUCGAGAUGCUUUUUUUUCCGUUUUGGGAAUGAACCAUAAAUGUCUUACGAGACACAAACGAGUUCAACAUUGAUUCCCUGCUGUGUUUCAAAACUCAUAUCUUUUACAGUCGGGAGUUAUUGUUUACACGAAGGUGAGCGAUCGACAGCGAUGGUGUGGCAUGCCUUGUUGAAAUAUCAUUGGUUGUAAGAGUAGUUUUACUUGCCAUAUGCUUUUUGUGUUUUGCCUUCUGUCUUGUUGGGUGCAAUCCAAGGUGAGAUCUCUCUCUGUCUGAUAAUGAUUAUGUGCUAUUUGGCACCUGCAGCUAGGUACGGCUCUCAAUUUACAUUUCAAGUGUUUUUCCCUAAAGCAGUUUUUGGCUUCACUCAAGCUUUGCAGAGAUUUUCCGCCGAACCGAAGGGGUUGUUGCCACAUUUGAUGGUCGAGUGAUCAGUACAACAACUCAGAAACACCAACAGCUUCAUCAGCGCCAUGUGGUGGAUACUGUCUUUCGGCACCCAAAUAAUUUCCUUAUGGGAACAGAAAAUGUCCUUCUGGACACACUUUUUUCCCUUUUGGGAAUGAAAAAUGUCUUUUAAGACACAAAGAACUAGCACAUCGACUCACACAGGAUAACUUUCUUUAGUGAAAUUGUUAUUUAUUGUUGUGCUACACACUGUUAUGGUUCAAAAGGCAUUGUUUAGGAAUUGUCCAGUCCAUUGACCUUUUAAAUAUGAUGCAACUUGUGCAAUAUUGAGUAGAUUCAAACAGGACACCUAUUCUUCGUUGUGGUUGUUGACAAUAUUAUCUUAACGUUCAAAAGGCAUAAUUUCACAGAUCAGCUAGUCUCUUGAAUCUGCACCUCAUAUUCAUUCGGAGGCAGAUUCCAUCGCGAUACCUUUUGUUAAAAAAAACUUCAUUGUUUGCUGUUGUUUUAGACUGUUAUGAUUUAAAAUGAAUAUUCAGGAAUUUUUAUCUGUCAUUCGAUCUUAACUGUCAUUUACUUUAUGAUAUUUUCAAUGUCUGUUAUCCUGAGGGCUUGUACAUGUUAUUGUUCAGUUAAUAAAAGGAAUGCAGACUGUCCAAUAUUCAUUCUACUUUGCAGUAGUAACCACAUGUAGUCAUCGACUGCCUAUUCUUAAACUUGUAUUUGUUCUCAAUCUUGUUUUUGCAGCUUAAUCUACAAGUAUGAGAUUAAGUACAUGUGCAAGUUUUCAAACCAACUUCACUUUCCUCUUGUUACCUCUUAUCUCUUCAUUCUGAUUCCUAACAUAAUUAUGCUGGAGUCAUCAACAGGGAAGUUUCAUGGGAUGUAGUUAGCUCAAAAUUCCAAAGUGGUACUGGACUACUGGAUUUCAGACUCAUAGUUAAACCAAAGGGUCAUUACUGUCAAUUAAAGUUGUCUGUUCUUUCAUUUGAAACCUAGAGUAUCUCUAUCAUUCAGAACAUCAAUUUUACUUUUUAAGAUUAAAACAAGGACUCACACAAGACCAACAGGCUGUUCUCCACCCUGAUUUCAAGACACCAUUCACUUCUCAUGGAGAUGUUGUUAAAAGGCUCACACCUUACCAUGUUUGCUAUGACCCAAGCCCAACUCCAGAAGACAUUCAAAAAGGUAAGUGCCUUACAUUCUCCUGACUGUCAUUUAGGAUGUUGUAAACAAGCCUUGAAUUCCAGCUUGUCACAUUUUGCUAGCCUAGGGUCAGAUGACUUCCCUGGCCCUUGCACAUCGGGCAAGGUUACUUGCUUAGCAGGAAAAUCUAGUUGUCCUGGACAACUGGACAGGACUUCAUUGAGCCCUAGUAGAGCACUUUAUCCCACAGUUGAAACCUUACUAGCAAUUACCUCUUUUUAACAGCUGUCUCUCUACAAUGGACACCUUUUCCUGUCCUAGUCCAGACAGUUUUUAACCUGUUCACAAUGGCAAUAGUCUCUGAUAGACCAAUUUUCAAUUAUUAAAAUUUAUACGGAUCAAUGUAGGCUUCUGGGGAAACUGCCUACCUACCCCUCCCCUAAGCAAACAUUUUGCCCUCGGUAAGAAGUGUUAAUGUUAGCUUAAGGAAAGGGUGGGUGGGCAGUUUCCGAGAAACCUAAAGUGAUCCGUUUAUACUUGGCUCUUAGGAAGAGGGGUUUAAAACAAAAGAAAUGGCAUUGAGAUUCAGGGAUAAAUAAUUCAUUUCUUUGUUUUAUUCCCCUCAGCCUCAGAGUAAAGUAUGAAUUUUGAUAAUUUGAAACUGGCCUAUUUGCAUUCCAUUUGCUAGAAUAACCUAAGUAACUUACUAGUUUUUUGUUUUGGUCUCAAACAUAAGGGCUAUAAUCUGAGACAAAAACUUAUGUUAAGCAUAGUUUGAGAAUUGUCUUAGGGUAACCCCUAACCUAAUUAUCUGUUCUGCCUGGUUGAUUUAAGAAUCCCUGUAUACAUCCUGACUGGAGACCCAUACUGCAUGAAUAUAAAUUCAGGAAUCCCCAUAGUUAAUACGGUCAAACCUCCCAUAAGCUACCCAAAUCACCAUGGAAGCAGGGGAAGCUAGGUUGGUGAGGUAACCCGCUUGUCCAUAUAAUCUCUCAUUUUAAUUUGAUCAUGUUUACGUGAUAUGUGGGGUGACCCUCCACAUGUUACCUCACCUGUCUGGGGUCUCCCACCUCCAUUUAAACAGGCCCUUAGUGGUCAUUACAGGAGGUGGUCACUUUAGAGAAUCAAAUCACCAGGGGUCACUUGCUAGAAGAGGACCGAACAUGUCUACAUUUUGGGAGAGAAUUCACUGCAUGCAAUUUCUAAGUUAUGAUGAUAAGUGUAGUGUGUUGUUGUCACUGAAAUACAUGAAAUUCUCUUAGGAGUAGUGAGUACACAAUAUGCAUAGAGAUCAAACAGUGCAUAAACAGUGCAUUGAACCCCCAAACUCUAGAUAACUUGAACUUUUUUCAAGUGUCCUUGAAGGUUCGAGUUAUCAGAUGUCAACUGUACUUUAAAACGAAAUGAAACUUGAGUAAACUUGAAAAUGAUAAGAGGCUAUCCAGUAUGUUACAUUCAAAUAUUAUUAGUGUUGGUUUUUUCCUUCAGUCGGGGGCAUGUGAAUAUUUUAACCCUUUCCUCCUGACAUUUUUAUUUUGUUCCACUCUUAGCUGAUGGUCUGUACAGUGCUGUAUCCACCCAACUUGUUAAACGCAGUCAAAAAAUGAUGGAGAAGUAUCGACAGCUACUGUUUGAUGAGAGUAUGGUGAGCAUAUUUGUUUAUUUUAAGGCUUAUACAGCAACAUGCAUAUUUUUUUUCUCUUGUUUUAAACCAUGUGAAAUGGUUCAUAUUGUGCAAGAAUGAUCCUGAGGUUUUAUUACUCAACAGUUAAUGAAUGAGGCUAAGCAUCUUAUGAAGAAUUGUGGAGAUUGAGGAGGGUGUUGGGCCGAUAACACCCUCCGAGAUCUCCAUAAUUCUUCAUAUGAUACGAAUUAAAGCAAAAUUCCAUAAUUGUUUUAUUAUUCAUUCAAAAUAAUUCUUUGUUUAAAAACAUAGCUUAAACAUGCUUACCUCCUUCGACGUUAAGUUCGUCUUUGAUAGACUCAUAGUUAGCAAUUAAUGAACGAGGCUUUCGUAGGAUAUGAAGAAUUAAGCAGAUCUCGGAGGGUGUUAUCCACCGAGGCCGAAUAACACCCUCCUCAAUCUGCUUAAUUCUUCAUAUCCUACUUAGCCUCAUUCAUUAAUUGCUUAAUUAUUCAUUCAAAGUAAUUCCUAGUUUAAAAACAGCUAAAACAUGCUUAUCUGCAUUGAUGUUAAUUUCAUCUUCGAUAGUGUACAUUUAGGUUUGUCCAGCUCUGCAAAUGUUCUCCAGAUAGCAGAUGUCGCACUCUGAGUUUUCUUCUUGCUGUUUUUGCUAUGUUUUUAGCUGUUAUUUUGCCUAGUUCCAGCUGUAGUGCUUACUGUGAAGUGUCCACCAUUUUUGUUUUCACAACCAAAACAACUCAACCUUGUCCCCAGGUCUUCUUGGUUAAUGGUGCAUUAACCUGUAAGAAAGCUGCUUUUUCAACGUCAUCGGUUGAGUAAUUGCAAAAUUCUUCCAAAUUUGGUCAUCGGUAGCUGGUUAUGGUGAAAUAUGUGUGCACUUUUAGCCAAUCAGAAUCGGGGAAAUAUUUUGAAUGAACAAUAAUAAUUCUUAUUGACUAGACAGAGUACAGCCUUAUAUGCAUGGUAUUGAAUAGCCUAUCCUUGUACCUCUAACAUGCAUCUUUAGAAAAGGUUUUAUGAACCAUACCGGAUGAAACUAUUGUUCACAAACAAAGCACCUUUUCCAUCAACUUUUGUGCAGGAAAAUUGGAAAAUCUGUGACAUUCCACUCCUAAAAAGUUGUUGUUACUUAAUUGUACUGUAUGGUUUAGAGUUGUUGAGUCUGGCCGCGCAUUUUGUUGUUUCAUUGUAUUUUGUGGUAUAGCGGGAGCACCCAUCUGCUGAAAUGGUCAUGCUGUACAGAGUGUUUUUGACUAACGAACGUGCUGCAUUAGCUCAAGAAAGGAAAACUGCAAAAGGUAAAGAGUUAAACGAGUUUUCUUUCAGGUUCUAUUGGUAACAUGAAACUUGAAGAGGUCUGCUAAGUACCUUUGCGAUCCUACCUAGUCCACUCCUUUUUUAGUAUAUCCUAUUUACUCAUGCUUAUGCCAUACCAGCUUAUGUUACUCCUGGGUCACAGUGUUGGCUUGUGAGUCACUGACAUCUUUAAUAAUUAUGAAAUUUUCAAGGCAGCAAAUUGCAAAAAAAUAGCCCUCUCUUGGUUAAAGAACUGCUAGGAAACCUAUAUAAAUGCAGUUGUCCGGUGAAUUCCUAGUUGGUAACUUAACAUACACUAGCCCUUGAAUGCGACAUCUUGAAGUACAUCAGCGUUUGCAGGCUAAACAUGUACUAGGGCUGUUGCUAAGAUUUCAAGUUGCCUAAACAAAGGUCAAUCCAAUGAAUUUCUUUCAGUGUAAUUUUCUACUGUGGCUUUUCAAAUUUUGUAAGUCAUGCUUGUUCUUAUGGUAUUUAUAGUUAAUUAAUGUUAAUUAUUCGGUAAAGGAACUGUGUUGCAAAAUUUGUCAAACGUUGGGAACCGCUUCGAUAUCGACUGAAACACGAAAAUAACUACUCAAAGCAUUUAAAGAAGAAAUAACUCAAAGCUGUGAUUUUGUCAGUGACGAGUAAUUUCAUCCACCAACGUUAAGUUCCUUAGUGUAUGUAUCAUAAAUCCUCUAUUAAGCCCCUCGGGAGCUUACUUAUUUCAAGCCCAUUUGACAUGGGGGGCUUAUUUGAGGGGGGAGGGGGCUUAUUUUAAUUUAGAAAAGACGAUGGUAUCAGUUUUCCAUAAAGAACUAGAAUAGUGGAGAACAAAAAGGUUGAAGGUCAUGCAACCGAGGAUCAGAAUCAAACCUGAACUUCCAGUAGGCAAAUAAACCAUCCCGGAUUAGUCCAUACGAAGUUUUACAGUCAUGAUUGAUUAAUACAGUCUUGUACAUUUGUUAGUGAAGAUUAAUUAGGGGAGGGGGCUUAUUAAGGCCUGAUUACAUGGAGGUGGGGGUAGGUGAGGUAACAUGUGGCGGGUCACCCCACCUAUCAUGUAAACGUGAUCAAAGGAGAGAUUAUAUGGACAGGCGGGUUACCCCACCUAAGCGGUUUACCUCACCUACCUAGCGUCCCCCGCCUCCAUGUAAUUAGGCCCUAACUUUCUUCCCCUGAAAGGGUGGGGCUUUUUCGAAGGGGGGGGAGACUUCAUAGAGGAUUUACUGUAUUAACAGAGUUAACUACACAGCCGUGACUUAACCCCUAUGAAAUGACAGUCAUCCUUUUAAGGAUGAUUCUAGCCACCUUUCUAAUUUAAGGUUUAAGGUGUAGAUAAAUACGUCUUGGAACGAUUUUUGAUGAAGCCUUGUGCCAUUUGUUUUUCAGAGAAUCCAAUGGAGAUUGUGAAUGCAGCCAAAAAGGAGAACACACCUAAAGAGACUUCAAAUAGUGUUACAACAAGUGAAAGUAGCAUGAAGGAUUUAUCAUCUUCGGAACAUUCGUCACCUGUUGUAACGUCAACUACAGAAAAUGAUCUUGUUAGUAGUAUGAAAAAUACUGUUUCAGAGGCUUCGUCAAAAAUAUCUUCUCUUUUAAACAUUAAUUUAUCACCACCAACAAAGAAUUCACAUACAAACUCUGCGACAUCACUCAAGUCUGGUAUAUCCACAUCAUCAUUGCAACUCAAUUCAAGACAUUCACCACACAGUGCUACCUCUACCGAAAACCACAUAUCUAGUUCAUGUACGCAGGAAAUUUCAACAAGCAAUCAAUCAACAGUUACAAAGCUCAUGGAUAAUUCUAAUGAAAACCAUAGUCUUGCUGAGACGGCAGCUGGAGAAAGUCUUAGCGUUUGUGAAGAUACCUCAGGUGAUUUACUGAUGGACACUGAUGAUGAGGCAGAGAAAGAAGAUGUCACUGCAACUUUGGCUUUGCUCAAUUCAAUGGCUUCUGAACUUGACGAGGUUCUGGAUGUGGAGGGGACACUAUAGAAAUGAAUAAAUUAUUUUUCUAUAUCCUGUUAUUAAUACGCACUCGCCGUUUCCCCA